AUGGUCUUAUCGAAAGAGAAUAAAGUAAGCAGAUGGUAUUUUGGUGGAUUAGCGUCAGCUGGAGCAGCGUGUUGCACUCAUCCGCUCGAUCUUCUUAAGGUGCAUUUGCAAACGCAACAACAAGGAAAAGUCACUGUUGGUCAAAUGGUGGUGAAAAUCUUUAAGAGCGAUGGUGUGCGUGGCUUUUAUAAUGGUAUUUCUGCAUCACUUUUGCGCCAGCUAACUUAUUCAACUACAAGAUUUGGCAUGUAUGAAACAUUAAAGAAACAAUUUCCUGGUGAUUCAACGAGUAUUCCAUUUUACCAAAAAGCAUUCUUGGCUGGUGUCAGUGGAGCUUGUGGUGGUUUUGUUGGUACUCCUGGUGAUAUGGUUAAUGUACGAAUGCAAAACGAUAUGAAGUUGCCAGCUUCGGAACGACGUAAUUACAAGCAUGCUUUGGAUGGUGUUCUCCGGGUUACGCGUGAAGAAGGGAUUAAUAAAUUAUUCAACGGUGCUACUAUGGCAACAUGCCGUGCUGUUCUCAUGACUAUCGGGCAAUUAUCAUUCUAUGAUCAAAUUAAACAAUCGUUGAUAGCUAGCGGUUAUAUGUCUGACAAUCUCACUACACACUUCACUUCUUCAUUUCUCGCAGCUUCCAUUGCCACUGUACUUACUCAGCCACUCGAUGUUAUGAAAACAAGGAUGAUGAAUGCUCCUCCUGGCCAGUUUAAGGGUAUUAUGGACUGCUUUUUGUAUACAGCUAAACUGGGACCUGCUGGAUUUUUCAAGGGCUUCAUGCCAGCUUGGGUUCGGUUGGCUCCACAUACUGUCCUUACUUUUAUUUUCUUCGAGCAAUUAAGAAUGAAUUUCGGAUAUUUCAAAGAAAAUAAAUAA